UGCGGUGGGGGGUUUUUCGUUCUUUGGGCGGUGGCGAUCAUCAAUGAUAUGCUCGCAGUUGCGGCGUGAAUUGGGGUUUCUUUGCAGGUCUUUGGUGGGGUUUCUUGAUCGAUCGGUUUCCAGAGCCAUGGGCUGCUUCUUAGAUUGCUUCAAAGUCAGAGACGAUCGCCAUCGGCGUCGACCGUAUCUUGUUUCUGACCCUUCUUGUUCGAAGCAUGGGGCACCUGUGGUAUCUCGAAAUCAGUUGUCAUCUCUCUUCCUAUCUGAAGAAAAUGAAGAUUCCCCAAGGAAGGAUACAGAUUCCAAGGCUUUUGGAUCUCCAGGGUAUACCAAGGAGUUGAAGGAUCAGGCCAAAUUUCUCAAGGCUUGUGGGACUAUAGUGGAGACCCCAACUGAAAUUCGGAAAGCAUCUAGAAAACUUUUGGAUUCCCCUCGUGAUGGCAGAGACAUGGAACCUCCAAAGUACCAAUCACUUCCGAACGCAUCCACCGAAACACAUCUGGAUUUUACCCAUACACCUGCCAAGAAUUUGAAAGAGUGGGGGAAUGAGUCAGGUUCUGCUGAACGUACGCCUAGCAGCUGUACUACCAGUGAACGGAAUACUAAAAGAAUCUCUGCUUACCCCACUGAAGGCAGUGAAACUGGAAGUGUUAUUACCUCGGUAGCUGCUCUUAAUAGUCCUGAUAAUGUGAUGACUACCUGCCGCAGUAAAUCCGUACGUUUUGAAUGUGAUAUAAACGAAUCUCUCAGCCGAAGUUCAUCUGGAAAUGGAAGAGAACAAGUGAAGGAAUUUGAUUCAUCGGAUAGUAAUAGAAGUGUAUCGAAGCAAUCACCUUAUCCAACCCCUCUACAGCUAUCUGAUGGAAUGCAAACUCCUGGAACUGUUUUUCCUGCAAACUUGGAUCGUGGAAAAGCAAGAAUCAGGGCCCAGUACGUUUAUUCAGUUAUGAACCCGGUUGAAAGUGCCUCUCAGUUGAAGGCACUGAAGGAACAAGAUUCUUACCUGGAAGGACUUUCAAGAGAAAUGAGAGAAUCCCUUGAAGAGCCUGAAAUUAUGACACCUAUGCCAGAAAGGAAUGUGAAAGCAAAUACACAUGAGGACUUGAUGGUGGAAGCAAGCUUGUCUGCUUGGUUGAAACCAGUAGCUAUUCAAGAUGAUGGCAGUAAGAAAUUUGGAGCUGAAUAUCGGCCAAAUCGUGUUGGAAGAACUGCAGGGGACAGGCCAAUCAUAGGGAUGGUUGCUGCUCACUGGAACGAGGAUGAACCUGCUCAAGUCUCACCUAAGGAAUGGGAUGGGAAUGGAAUCCCAAAUUCGACCAAUAAGUACAAGGAGGAUCAGAAAGUGAGUUGGCAUGCAACUCCAUUUGAGGAGAGGCUAGAGAAGGCACUAUCAGAAGAAAGCAUAGUUACAAGGAAGAAUUUUCAAGGAAAGCUAGUAGCUUUUGAUGAGGAAGAUGAUACAGCACUUUCACGGUUGCAAUCUUCAAUCCAACCCAGUUCAGUGGUAUCGUACUGAUAAAAUUCCAUCCCCAGUUGAAUUGAAUGGAUUCUUCAAUACUGCCAAAGUGAAAGUGAUUGAUUUCUGUAAUCCAUAUUUUUGGAAGCUCUGUCAUAAUCACAGGUCAGUUGAGAGAUUUUCCACAACGCAAUGGAACAGGAAAGUGACUGAAUGAAUGUUCCACAGUUUACCUUUUUGUAAAUGUAGUCUCUACAAUUUCUUGUUUUAUGGGUUUGAGCUUGUAAACCUUUUUUGGUAGUUGAAAAUGAAUGGAGUCGUUGCUUAUAAACUUUAUUUGAAAUGUUAUGGAACAUUGAAGUUGACCCUACAUCAUUUAGUUUGGGUAAGAUCUUUUGAAUUGUUUCAA